UUCGGAGGUUGGGGAGAACUCAGAAGGGGAAUUGGCUCCCGUACUGAUCAGGGACAGGAGAAAUGGGAUUUGCCGGCACUGAGCGUCUUUCUGUCGUUCCGCAGGGGUGGGGGAGUGAGGAAAGGAGGAUGUCUCAGAAUGUCCUUCCGGUAUGCUCAGCCCGCCCCCUGCGGGGUCAAGGUGGUUGACACCGGAUGUAUUUCCUUCCAGACUAAGCCCACCUUCCGGUCCGGGUCCUUCGCUGCGGAAACGUCGGUUCUGGUUUUCCGAGUGGAUUUUGACCAUGGCUGCGGAGUCUGAUGUUCUGCACUUCCAGUUUGAACAGCAAGGAGAUGCAGUCUUGCAGAAAAUGAAUCUCUUGAGACAGCAAAAUUUAUUUUGUGAUGUAUCAAUUUAUAUUAAUGACACCGAGUUCCAGGGGCACAAGGUGAUAUUAGCUGCUUGCUCCACUUUCAUGAGAGAUCAGUUUUUACUCACACAGUCAAAACAUGUCAGAAUUACCAUCUUGCAGAGUGCAGAAGUUGGCAGAAAAUUGUUGCUCUCUUGCUAUACUGGAGCACUUGAAGUGAAAAGGAAAGAGCUUUUGAAAUACUUGACUGCUGCUAGUUACCUUCAGAUGGUUCACAUUGUGGAAAAGUGUACAGAAGCUUUGUCAGGAUACCUGGAAAUCGACCUUUCUAUGAAAAACAACAAUCAACAUACCGACCUGUGUCAAUCCUCUAACCCAGAUGUUAAAAAUGAGGAAGAAAAUACAGAUAAAGACUGUGAGAUCAUCGAAAUUUCAGAAGAUAGUCCUGUAAACAUAGAUCUCCACGUUAAAGAAGAGGAAAGCAAUGUGUUGCAGUCUACAGUAGAGAGUUUGACAUCAGAGAGACAGGAAAUGAAGUCACCAGAGCUGUCUUCAGUUGAUAUAGGUUUUAAAGACAAUGAAAUUUGUAUCCUCCGUGUGGAAUCUAUAAAUACCGAUGGUGUAGAAAAUGGGCAGUUUUCACAGCCUUGUACCUCUUCAAAAGCAAGCAUGUAUUUCUCUGAAACACAGCAUUCACUGAUCAAUUCUACGGUUGAGAGCAGAGUGGCAGAAGUUCCUGGGAAUCAAGAUCAGGGCUCAUUUUGUGGGAAUACUGAAGGAAGUCAUGGAACAGCAAAUGAGAUUCAGAACCUGGAAGAUAUUUAUUCACUGAGGCACCAGUGCCCCAGGUGUCCACGAGGAUUUCUUCAUGUUGAAAAUUAUCUGCGCCACCUUAAGAUGCAUAAACUGUUCUUGUGCUUACAGUGUGGGAAAACAUUUACACAGAAGAAAAAUCUCAACCGGCACAUUCGAGGGCACAUGGGCAUACGGCCCUUUCAGUGUACUGUGUGCUUGAAGACAUUUACAGCUAAAAGCACGUUGCAGGACCACUUGAACAUACAUAGUGGGGAUCGGCCAUACAAAUGCCAGUGUUGUGACAUGGAUUUCAAGCACAAAUCUGCCCUGAAAAAGCAUGUGACCUCUGUGCAUGGCCGGAGCAGUGGUGAAAAAAAUACCUAUUCAUGAUCUCAAAAAACAAAAUCUAUUAUAAGUAGAAUCACACCUUGCUAUGGAAGCUAUGUUAGGCAAGUCUUUCUAUAGAAAUGCAACAUUUGUAAUAUUGUUUUCCUCCUCAUCUUUGGGUCUUAUUUUUGGUCUGCCUGUACAUUAUUCUUUCUGAACUUAUACUAAGAGUUCCAAAGUGUGGGAGACAUGAUAAAGCUGAUGGAAUGCUAUCUCACAUCUUGUGUUAUAUAAGUCCCAGUUGUAUACCUAGAGAAAUACUGUUCUUCUCUUAAAUAUUAUUGAUUCUAAUGACAGCGGAUCCAGCAGAAUUUCCAUAUUCAGAUUUUGAGUAUCUAUGUAGUUGAUGGAAGUGUAAAAUAACCUAGCCAUGUAAUAACUUUAAUGAGUUAAGAUAAUGGAAAGAUAAAAUUUAAAACAUCCUAUUAUCCAUUAUUAGUCACUUUAAAAUCAGAUAGGACUAACAAAUUUUUUAACCUACUGCUUUUGGAUUGCAAACUAAACACCAAGGUACCUGUUGUUAUAAAAUGUAAAAGAACAUAAUUCAUAUUCACUUGGGAAUAGCAGAAUUUCCUUAUACCUUUCUUAAAAUACUAUUUCCAUGGUUUGUUAGUAUACGUAUUUUAUAAAUUAUUCAUUAGGCCCAAAUGUCUUGAUUUUAUUUAAUGCAGUGGCAUCUAAUAAUUUUGUGGCUAGUAAAAACAUACCAUUGGUUUGAAGCUCUAAAAAAUUACUUUUAGAAAUCCCAACUUAACCAAAGGUAUUUGUUACACCUUUUUUGUUGUUGUUGUUAAAUAUAUUUUUAUUGAUUUCAGAGAGGAAUGGAGAGGGAGAGAGAAACACCAAUGAUGAGAGAGAGUCAUCGAUCAGCUGCCUCCUGCACAUCCCAUACUGGGGAUCAAGCCCGCAACCCAGGCAUGUGCCCUGACUGGAAAUCGAACCGUGACCUCCUGGUUCAUAGGUCAACACUCAACCACUGAACUAUGUCGGCUGGGCUACCCUUUUAUCUUCUAGUUAACAUAGUAAAGUUGACCUUUGUCAAAUUUGUAUCUAGGUAAUAGGAAUGGUAUGCUCAAAACACUUGUAGCAGACAUCUCUGAGGUCAUUAGACAGAGGAACACUUUCCAUAUCUAGCUCCUUCUCAUUUCUCGUUUCCUUUCUCGAACAGUGAUCCCGUCUGCUAAAUGAUUUGCUUUUGGUAUACAGUUUCAUGAAUCUUUUUUUUAAAAAUAUAUUUUAUUGAUUUUUUUACAGAGAGGAAGGGAGAGGGACAGAGAGUUAGAAACAUCCAUGAGAGAGAAAUAUCGAUCAGCUGCCUUCGCACACCCCCUACUGGGGAUGUCCCCGCAACCAAGGUACAUGCCCUUGACCGGAACCGAACCUGGGACUCCUCAGUCCACAGGCCGAUGCUCUAGCCACUGAGCCAAACUGGUCAGGGCCAGUUUCAUGAAUCUUAACACAUAUAUAGAUUUAUGCAACCACCUCUGUAAUCAAAAUACAGAACAUUCUAUCACCACCGCUAAACUCCUUUAUGCUACCCUUUUGUAGGCAGUUCCUCCUAACUCUACACCCUGCCAAUAGUUCUUCAGUAUAUCUUGCCUUUUCUGGAAUGUCAUAAAUGGAAUCAUAGCAUGAGCUCUUUUGAGAUGCUUCUUUCACCUAGCAUCAUGCCCUUUGAGAUUCAUCCAUUUUGUAUAUGUUGUUAGUCCAUUCCCUUUUCUUUCUGAACUGUCAUACAUAUUAAUUUUCUUGUUAUCACUAGAUAAACAGUUUAAAGAUGGAAAUCUUAGUGUUUUCUUAAUUAUUAAUAGUCAUUAACAUUAAUGCAAUUUUUAUUUACUAUAUGUUGACAAAAAGCUUAACUAUCUUUAGAGUUUUAUGCUAUAUUUCCAGAAAUGUGCCAAAAGCAAAACCAUGACCAUAUGGUUAUUUUACUUACAGUAAUAUUUCAGAUUGUGUUAUGAGCCAUUGCUCUCCAAUAGCCUUGUCUACAUUUAACACAAAACUUUGUUGUCAUAACACAGAUUAAAAUAUAUUGCAGGGCAAGUCAUAUCUUCUAAAAGACAGGAACCACUUUUAGUAAAGAAGCCUGACUGGAUGCAUCUUACUUUCAAGAUGUUCUAUUCCUCUUCUACUCACCUCAGCUUUAUGUAGCAUUUCUGCUAUAUUUAGUAUCAGUUGAAGCCCUUCCAUAUUUUAAUAUGUAAUAUACUUUGUACCAUUUAUAAGAAUUUUGUGAUGAAUCACAUGUUGAUUGUUAUAAAUGUUCAUUAUCCUUUUUGUGAUACUUGUGAAAAAUAUAUUUUCUAUAGAAUUUUAACUCUGAGAGAGACUUUAAAGAAUCUAGCUCUCAUAUUUGAUAAGAAAGCCAACUUCAUGACCCUUCAGGUCACCAUUUAGUAUCAUUGGACAGGUCACCUCUUGUUGAGCUUCUCUUAAAUUUAUAUGCAAAAUAAUAACUUUGAUCUUGACCAUUUAUAGAUCAUUUCCAAGUCUAAAAUUCUGUGAUUUUAUAUUUAAAUCUUCCAGAGUUCCUAAGAACAGAGAAGAGGGGGAAGCAAAAGAGAGUUUGGUGUCUUUUUGCACUAUUUGCUCACUCCAUUGGAGACAGAAUUUUUCUAAAGCAAAUAGUGUUUUUCUCCCACUGGAGAACAUGAUAGUGCAGUGCUUAAUUGUCUUUCCCAUUUGAUCUAUGAUUGGCCAUUUGUAGACAUUUUUCUAUCAGAGAUAGUUUGUGUUUGAAAUACUUAUUUUUGCUUUUUACGGUAAAAUUUAGUUGGGGAGGGAUGAAGAUGGGGUGGGUGAACAAAUAGUAAACUUUAUUGCUAUUGUUUUUUAUGAAUUACCUAUCUUUGAUGUUAAAAAAGAAUUAUGGUUGAACUAUGUUUAAGUUUUAUGUGUGCCUUGUAAGAUUCUUGUGAAAUUUUUUGUAAGCACUUUGAGAUGUUUUGCGUGUGGGGAAGGGGUGUUUUGUGAAAGUGAUGGUUAUUUAUUUAUUUAUUCCUGUUCAUUUAGCACAGAGUGAUCUCAUAACGUUUCUAGGUGAAUGUCUGUUUGCAUGAUGUGCUUAAACAAUUUCAGGAAAAAGAAAUCUUUUUUUAAAUGCAGGCAUGACAAAGUUAAGUGUUGAAUUUAUUCAUUUAAACAUUCACUUUUAGUUGUUUGUUUUUCUAUAUGAUGGGGAAAAUGCAAAAUGUUUGUCUUAAGCCUCUUCAUUUACUGCAUUUUUGAAUAAAAGAUCUUGGAGAGGUAGUUGUUACUUUGGUAUAAGAGAAAAUCCUUUCUUUUUUUUCCUUGGAUGUAACUAUCAUAUAUGUUUACAUAAGAAAUAAUAAACUGGAGAUGGGAAUGGAGA